AAUGCUAAAAUAUAUAUUAUAUUGACUUAAUUUUCAUUUUCUUCUGCUCGAUCAUUUAAGUUGUAGUAACUUUGUGGUUGCUCUCCAGAGUUUUGUUUCAGUUUCGGUUGGAGAUAGUCACAAGGAUAUGGACCUUCACAGUUGACUCCUGGCAUGGCUCAGAUAUGAGAAGUAUCAUAUCAACUGGAAAUCAAGUACACUGUCAUUAGUCUUUUGCGUACAGCUCGGAUUGUUGAUCUGAAACUAGAGGGGAGCCAAAGGAGGAUAUGGUUACUCUCAUUCCCGACAGCGUUAGGAAUCUAUGGGAAAGGUGGAAUCUCCGGAGCUUUGUCCUCUUAAGCCUCUCAUUGCAGACCACUUUAAUUCUUUUUGCACCAUUCAGAAAGAGGACACCCAACACAUGGCUAACCUUGGUCAUCUGGUCAGCGUACUUACUUGCUGAUUGGGCUGCUAACUUUGCAGUUGGAUUAAUCUCAAACAGCCAAGGUGACAAUUCAGUUUCCGAUGAGGCCAGUGAUCUUUUGGUAUUUUGGACUCCCUUUCUUUUGUUACACCUUGGUGGUCCAGACACCAUCACUGCUUUUGCUUUGGAAGAUAAUACCCUGUGGCUAAGGCACUUGCUUGGCCUCGUAUUCCAGGUUAUAGCUUCUGUUUAUCUCUUCCUUCAGUCACUACCGAAUAAGCUGUGGCUACCAACAGGGCUUCUCUUUGUUGCUGGAAUCAUUAAGUAUGCAGAGAGAACACGUGCUUUGUAUCUUGCAAGCUUGGAUAACUUCAAGGAAUCCAUGCUUAAGAAGCCUGAUGCUGGACCUAAUUAUGCGAAGCUCAUGGAAGAAUACUCCUCAAAGCUAGAUGCUCAACUUCCAACUCAUAUUGAACUCACAGCAGAGCGCAGCAAAGAAUCCAGGACAAUAACUUAUGUGAUUGAAAAAGGCGAUAUGGAGAAUGACAUUGCAGUGGUACGACAUGCUCAUCACUUCUUCCAAAUCUUCAAGGGUCUUAUUGUAGAUCUCAUUUUUAGCUUUCAUGAACGCUACGAGAGCCGUGUGAUUUUCCAUGAGCGAAACUCAGAAGAAGCUUUCAAAUUAAUCGCUGUCGAGCUCAACUUUAUAUAUGAAGCUCUCUUCACCAAGGUGGUUGUGGUGCAUUCUAAGCUAGGAUACUUCUUCCGGGCUAUAUCCCUUGGUGCAGUUUCUGUAGCUCUUGUUUUCUUCUAUAAAUUAGAGAAAACUGAUUUGCAUAGGUAUGAAUCUGAUGUUAGAAUUACCUAUGUGUUACUUUAUGGUGCCAUUGGCCUGGAUUUAUUAUCUGCUUUCAUGGUUCUAUUCUCCGAUUGGACUGUAGCAGCUCUGAACAAGUAUUGGCAAGACUCUUGCAUAGCCACUGCUAUUCUAGGAAAGUAUCUCCAUCUUAAGAGAUCAUGGUGGUCUACCAAAGCAAAAAAUGGCAGUGAUCAAACUCCAAUUGCAAGAUCAACAAACUGUUUGGAGUGGACUAGAGAAGUUCUGUUCCGGAGAUGGUAUGAAUCUGUGUCUGCAUUCAACUUGAUACAUUAUUCCCUCAAGGAAUGUCCAAAAUUUUCCCCUACAAUUUUGGACUACUUUGGCAUCGUCUACAUUAAAAUCAUUGACUUAUUGGGUGUUAAGGAUCUUCGAGAUAGGAUGAAAUACCGGUCCAGCAAGCCACUAACUAAAGAUUUAUGGGAUUUCAUUUUCAAAGAAGUGAAAAGUAAAUCUCUGCUGGCAGAAGAUCCUGAAACUGCGAAGAAGAUAUGUUCAGCCAGAGGUGAUUGGGUUCUCCAGGAUAGCGAUUGGACUCUCCGAGAUAGCUAUUGGGAUAGUACUGUGGACAAAAACAUGGUGAUCAGUAAGUUAUUAUCUUAUGUUGUUGAUGUUGAUUAUGACCAAAGCAUUCUAUUAUGGCAUAUUGCUACUGAGUUUUGCUAUAACAUGGAUGAUUACAAUGAUGCAAGUGAUGAUAAUGAUAGUGGUAUUGCUGGUGAGGCUAUUGCUGAUAGUGGCAGAAUCAACAAUUUCUUCGCAAAACUUUCAAGACCAUUACAUAUAGGUCUAGAUUUUAUUAAGAAAUUAAAAGGAGCGAUAUGGGGGCUUGGGGAGGCCAUGGCCAAUUUUUGCCAAACUCUAGUUUCGCAUCAAAUUGCUGGGGAUCAUCUACAACAUGAUGAAUGUGCUGGUGCUGCUGAUGAUGAUAGUGAUGAUAGUGUCCAUUAUUUUAAUAAGAGAAAAGAAUACAGUAAGACACUGUCUGAUUACAUGUUAUAUCUCUUAGUUAUGCAGCCUACUAUGAUGUCUUCUGUACCAGGAAUUGGACAAAUAAGAUUCCGAGAUACGUGUGAAGAAGCCAAAAAGUUCUUCAGCAGAAGGGAAUUGAGAUCUGGAAUGGAAGAGGCUUGUAAAAGAAUCCUUGAUGUAAACACUGAUGUCAAACCUGUUGAUGUCAAAGGGGAUAGAAGUAAAUCUGUUUUGUUUGAUGCAUGCAUUUUGGCCAAAGAGCUGCAGAAAUUGGAGGAAAAUAAAUGGGAUUUAAUAAGUGAAGUGUGGGUGGAAUUGUUGUCAUUUGCUGCUGGGCAUUGCAGAGCAAAUGACCAUGCUCAGUUGCUGUGUAAAGGUGGAGAGCUUGUCACUUUUGUUUGGUUAUUGAUGGCUCAUUUUGGCAUAGGGGAGCAGUUCCAAAUAAAUGAGGGCCAUGCUAGAGCAAAACUUCUUGUGGGAAAGUAAAUGUAUCUAUGUUUUGAAUAAUGUAGUAAGUGUAGUCUUAUCAUUAAGUGAAUUGGGGAUAUUAGCGAUCUGCUUGAAAACCCAGACUUGUUGCGUACAAAGUUUUUUUCUUUGAUGAUGCAUAGACAUUCUGUUGUUGAGUACUUAUAUAUCCU